CAAUCGUGUUUCUCUUUGUUUUCGAGUGAAUAUAAAUAUAAUGCAGUCCUUUUAACUAUUUUGUUUUAUAAUUUUUCUUUUUUCCUUUUUCACAAUUGAGGGUUGUCCAAUUUCGCUUCUGAGUAGAGGAUUUCUGGAUUCGGAUUUUCAAGUUGACAGAGAGAGGCAAACAAAUUUCUAGAAAAUAGGUUUCCAAAUUUGGUGCCUGACAAUGGGAAACAAUGAGGAAGGAAAGUCCAAGUCAGAAAAAUCUUCAUCGGUGCCAACUGAUCAGGCCAAUAUUCAUGUCUAUCCCAAUUGGGCAGCCAUGCAGGCAUAUUAUGGUCCUCGAGUCACUAUGCCACCAUAUUACAACUCAGCUGUGGCCUCUGGCCAUGCUCCUCACCCUUAUAUGUGGGGUCCUCCACAGCCUAUGAUGCCGCCUUAUGGGGCACCUUAUGCAACAAUCUACCCGCAUGGGGGAGUUUAUGCCCAUCCUGCAGUUCCUUUAACUGCCACCGCCGUGGAAACUCCUUCAAAGUCAUCAGGAAAUACAGAAUGCGGUUUAACGAAGAAGAUGAAAGGAUUUGAUAGCCUUGCUAUGUCAAUAGGUAAUGGUACUGCUGAGAACGAUGAGGGUGCAGCCAAGCAUAGAAUGUCCCAGAGUGCGGAGACUGAAGCUUCUACCGAUGGUAGUGAUGGAAAUACGACGGGGACGGAUGAAAGUAGACGGAAAAGAAGCAGGGAGGGAACACCAACCAUUGGUGGAGAUGGGAAAAAUGAGGCAAAGGCUCUGGUGGAGGUAACUACAACUAUUUGUCCUAAACCAGUUGGAGCUGUACUUUCUCGUGGCAUGAGCACAACAUUGGAGCUUAGGAACCCUCCCUCUAUGAAUCCUAAGUCUAGACCUACGAACGUACCUUGUGCAGUAAUGCCUCCUGAAGUCUGGAUGCAGAAUGAACGGGAGCUGAAACGGGAGAGGAGGAAACAAUCAAAUAGAGACUCUGCUAGAAGGUCAAGGUUGAGGAAGCAGGCUGAGACGGAAGAGCUCUCCCGUAAAGUCGAGUACUUGACUGCAGAGAAUGCGACACUAAGAUCUGAAAUAAAUCAACUAACUGAAAAAUCAGAGAAACUAAGGGUAGAAAAUGCUACAUUAGUGGAGGGACUGAAAGCUUCUAAACUGGGACAGGCACAGGAAAUCACUACGCACAAAAACGAAGGCAAAGAGGGUGAAAUGUACAAGAAAAAGUCCGGUGUCAAGCUGCAUCAACUCCUGGACGCGAGUCCAAGAACCGACGCAGUGGCCGCCAGCUGAGGAAGUGAAAACAAUUUACAGCCGAGUUAAUUUUGACAUUUUAAGUCGGGCAGAAGCAUGUAGUUUUGGCAUAAUUACAAGCCCCAAACUACUGCUGACAGUUGGUAGAGGGAUGAAAUAGUAGUGGUAGUUGUUUGUUAGGGACUGAAACUAUGUUUGGGAAACUUUGUAAGUUGGGUGUCGUAGCAGAACUGAACUGAUGUAAUUUUGUAUUUGAAAAUCAGAGUGCAGAGAAAGCCCUGGAAGAAAAGGUUAAUGUACAUCAAGGAGAAAGUAGAUAUUGUGUUUAGGGAAAAGGGUAUUCAAAGAAACCUUUUUAUAAUAAUUGUGCAAAUUUUAAA